UUCACGAAAUGCCUGGCCGUGGCUAAAUGAGUUAGUUGGGCAGCCUUCUCCUCUUUUCUCCUCCAAUUCCUUUCACAGAGAUCGACCUCCGCAUCUCAACAGUCGCUUUCUUCACCUCUCCCUUUCUGCCCUUUCUAGUCCCACUUCCUUAAUUAAAACUUCCUAGCUAGGGUUACAUGGGAAUCAAAUUCCAAUUUUUCAUUCAUUUACUUAUAAACUUGAUGGCAGAUCUCUCUCUUUACAUGCAUGUGCAUCACUAAAUCUUUCUAUAGAUAUGUUUUUUUCCCCUUUUUUUUUGGGCUUUUUUGUUAUAUAGAUAGAUAUGGACAUAUGCGUUAUGGUUAGGAGAGAGCUUUCUUCAGUCCACUCAUGGGUGGCGAUAGGAUUUAAUUAGCUGCCGACUCAUUCAUCCAAAUACUGAGUUUAAGGAUACAACACUCAGUAAAUGAGUGAAUGAUGCGGGAGACAAAUUGGAUCUUAAGCUCUCUGUGCUUGGACUGAAGGGAGCUCCCUCUUCUCUUUAUCUUGUUUACAUAAAAGUCAUUUCUUCUUAACUUUCUCCUCUUUCUGCUGUUUGAAGCCGAUCAUGAACAGCUUCAACCUGCAAAUUUUUAGGGUUUUGUCAAAGACCGAUGAUGAUUCUUGCCAAAUUGUUAUAUGGACGCCAGUUCUAUACGAUCUUCUUGGGUCUUGCUCGCAUCUCUUGCUACGGCAACAUGUUGCCAGACAUGUCUCCCAGUCCUUGAGGAUGCAAUUACCAAUAUAUUCCCAUGCCAUCAAAUAGGGUCAGGGAGAUGUACAUGGGAGAUUUAAUUAUAGUAUUUGAGUCAAGAUUAAAUUUUACCCUCGUUUGAUGAUUUCCUUGUUUGAUCUGUGUAUAUGUAUGUUUCUUUGGAGUUUAAAUCUAAACAAGAAUCAAGGGAUUGCAGAUAGUUUAGGAGUCAACUUUCCAAGAAUGAUUGUUGUUUAAUUGCACAGAUUUCCCAUGAAAAAAAACUUAUUUAUGCUCGCUUCUCGUUUAGGAUAUUAUGUGUGUGGUUGUCUGCCCAAGUUGUUACCCUGUAAAAAUCUAAUUGAAUAUUGAACUUCAGAAAUGCCCCCUCAAUAUCCAUACAAACCACAAAAAGGCCAACAAUCUGUGGAUAAUGACAUUUCUCUGUUUGUCUCUAAACAAGGGGCAAUCUUGGAACUUGGAACUUCAAUUUCCCAAUAUUUAGGAGUUUUUAAAAGAAAGAAGAUAAUACGUUACUGUAAGUCUGUAACCACAGAGUGAGGAGCUCAAAGUAUGGAAGAAAAAACGUUGGAAAUGUUUGAAGUUGGAACCUGUGAGGAUGACUACCGGUUUGGUUUUCUCAUAGGGCAGCGGUUCUCGAAGCUUAUAAGGAGCAGGCUGGAGAGAGACCUUAUUCUUCAGAACCAGCUCCUUCCUUUUGCUGGAACAUCACAGGGACAACAGCUCAUCGAAGCCCUCUCACAGACAAACCAAAACAAGUUCUCAA